AUGCCAGCUCGCAAACGCUCACCCGUCGCCGCCCGCCGCCGAUCCGGACGUCUCUCCAGCACGCCCAAGAAGAGCGCAUACUUCCAGGACGACGAGGAAGAGGCCGCAGUCUCCGAGGACGAGCAGCAGCUGCCGCCUGCCAAGAAGCGCCGCGGCCGUCCGCGCAAGACGCAGCCGCCUCCUCCCGCCAGCGAGGACGAGGAUGAGCAGUACAAGGAGGACGAGGACGAGGGGGCGAGGGACGGCGAGGAUGAUGGAGACGAAGAUGAAGACGACGAGGAUGCGCCGCCUAGGGUCGAGAUUAUUCCGCUGGAAAAGAUGAGAGACACGGGCGGCGUUGCGUAUGAGGACGACCGGCUGCACCGCAAUACGCUGCUGUUCCUCAAGGACCUAAAGGCCAACAACAAGCGGCCGUGGCUGAAGUCGCAUGAUGGCGAGUAUCGUCGAGCCCUGAAGGACUGGCAGUCCUUUGUUGAAACCACGACGCAGCGCAUCAUCGAGAUUGACGAGACGGUGCCCGAGCUGCCCAUCAAGGACGUCAUAUUCCGCAUCCACAGGGACAUACGCUUCAGCAAAGACCCAACCCCCUACAAGCCGCAUUUCUCCGCCGCCUGGUCCCGCACAGGCCGCAAGGGCCCCUACGCAUGCUACUACGUGCACUGCGAGCCCGGCUCGUCCUUUGUCGGCGGCGGCCUGUGGCAUCCGGAGGCGCAGCUGGUGACCAAGCUGCGCCGGAAUAUCGACCGGCACCCCGGCCGCUGGCGCCGCGCCCUCGGCGACCCGCUCCUUAAGAAGGCGUUUUUCCCCGCGCUCAAGGCCGGCGCGGGGCCCGAGGAGGCGGUCAAGGCCUUUGUGGGCAAGAACCAGGACAAUGCGCUGAAGAAGCGGCCCAUGGGGUGGGAAGUCACGCACAAGGACAUUGAGCUUCUGAAGCUGAGAAACUACACAAUUGGCACAAAAAUCGACGCCGAGAUGCUAUGCGGCGACGACGCGCAGCAGCGGGUCGAAGAGCUCGUGCGGGCCAUGUCGGGAUUCAUUUCUUUCCUCAACAGCAUCGUCAUGCCAGACCCCCCCAACCUUGACGAGGACGACGAGAGCAGUACUACUGACGGCGACGAGGAUGAGACUUGA